CACCCCCAUUGACAGAACUGGACUCAGAGGAUGCCCCGCCAUGCUGCCGCUUGGCCCUGGGGGAGCCCCCUCCCUAUGGAGCUGCCCCUAUUGGCAUUCCCAGGCCUCCGCCCCCUCGACCUGGCAUGCACUCACCACCGCCCCGCCCAGCCCCUUCACCUGGCACCUGGGAGAGCCAGCCUGCCCGGUCGGUGAGGCUGGGGGGACCAGGCGGGGGUUCUGGAGGUGCUUCUGGAGGUGGCCGUGUUCUUGAGUGUCCCAGCAUCCGCAUCACCUCCAUCUCUCCUACCCCCGAUCCCCCGGCCCCACUAGAAGACAACCCUGACCCUUGGGGGGAUGGCUCUCCUAGAGAUUACCCCCCACCAGAAGGCUUUGGGGGUUACCGAGAGGCCGGGGCCCAGGGUGGGGGGGCCUUCUUCAGCCCCAGCCCUGGCAGCAGCAGCCUGUCCUCCUGGAGCUUCUUCUCCGAUGCCUCGGACGAGGCAGCCCUGUACGCGGCAUGCGAUGAGGUGGAGUCUGAGCUGAAUGAAGCAGCUUCCCGCUUUGGCCUUGGCUCUCCGCUGCCCUCGCCCCGGGCUUCCCCUAGGCCAUGGACCCCGGAGGAUCCCUGGAGCCUAUAUGGUCCAAGCCCUGGAGGCCGAGGGCCUGAGGAUAGCUGGCUACUCCUCAGUGCACCUGGGCCCACCCCAUCCUCUCCCCGGCCUGCCUCUCCUUGUGGCAAGCGGCGCUAUUCCAGUUCUGGAACCCCAUCUUCAGCUUCCCCGGCCCUGUCCCGUCGAGGCAGCCUGGGGGAAGAGGGGCCUGAGCCACCUCCACCACCUCCAUUACCUCUGGCCCGGGACGCUGGCUCCCCUGGCCCCUUUGACUACUCGGGGGCCCCACCAGCUGAGAGCAUUCCCCAGAAGACCCGGCGAACUUCAAGCGAGCAGGCAGUGGCCCUGCCUCGAGCUGAGGAGACUGCCCCAUGCAAUGGGAAGCUGCCUUUGGGAGCAGAGGAGGCUGUGGCUCCUCCCGGGGGUCCCCGGAAGGAGGUGGCCAGCAUGGACUACCUGGCAGUGCCGUCUCCCCUUGCUUGGUCCAAGGCUCGGAUUGGGGGACACAGCCCCAUCUUCAGGACUUCUGCUCUGCCCCCUCUGGACUGGCCUCUGCCUAGCCAGUAUGAGCAGUUGGAGCUGAGGAUCGAGGUACAGCCUAGAGCUCACCACCGGGCUCACUAUGAGACAGAAGGCAGUCGAGGAGCUGUCAAAGCUGCUCCUGGUGGCCACCCAGUAGUCAAGCUCCUAGGCUACAGUGAGAAGCCACUGACCCUACAGAUGUUCAUUGGCACUGCAGAUGAAAGAAACCUGCGGCCUCAUGCCUUCUAUCAAGUACACCGUAUCACGGGCAAGAUGGUGGCUACAGCCAGCUAUGAAGCUGUUGUUAGUGGUACCAAAGUGUUGGAGAUGACCCUGCUCCCUGAGAACAACAUGGCUGCCAACAUUGACUGUGCUGGAAUCCUGAAGCUUCGAAAUUCAGACAUUGAGCUGCGGAAGGGUGAGACGGACAUCGGGCGAAAAAACACACGUGUGCGGCUGGUGUUCCGGGUGCACGUACCCCAAGGCGGUGGGAAGGUCAUCUCUGUGCAGGCAGCAUCAGUGCCCAUCGAGUGCUCCCAGCGCUCAGCCCAGGAGCUGCCACAGGUGGAGGCCUACAGUCCCAGCGCUUGUUCUGUGAGGGGAGGUGAAGAAUUAGUGCUGACUGGCUCCAACUUCCUGCCAGACUCCAAGGUGGUGUUCAUUGAGAGGGGCCCUGAUGGAAAGCUGCAAUGGGAGGAGGAGGCCACAGUGAACCGGUUGCAGAGCAAUGAGGUGACACUGACCCUGACUGUCCCCGAGUACAGCAACAAGCGAGUGUCCCGGCCAGUCCAGGUCUACUUUUAUGUCUCCAAUGGACGGAGGAAGCGCAGUCCUACCCAGAGUUUCAAGUUCCUGCCUGUGAUCUUCAAGGAGGAGCCCCUACCUGACUCAUCUCUCCGGGGCUUCCCUUCAGCAUCGGGACCCCCCUUCGGCACUGACAUGGACUUCUCACCACCGAGGCCCCCCUACCCUUCCUAUCCCCAUGAAGACCCUGCUUAUGAAACCCCUUACCUGUCAGAAGGCUUUGGCUACGGCACACCCCCUCUGUAUCCCCAGACCGGGCCCCCACCGUCCUACAGACCAGGCCUGCGUAUGUUCCCCGAAACUGGGGAUACCACGGGUUGUGUCCGCCCGCCUCCAGUCUCCUUCCUUCCCCGCCCCUUCCCUAGUGACCUGUAUGGAGAACGGGGCUCCUCUUUUCCACUAGGGAUUCCAUUCCCUCCUCCAGCCCCCUUUCGGUCUCCACUACCGUCAUCCCCACCACUCGAAGGCCCCUUCCCUCCCCAGAGUAGUGUUCCUCCCUUACCUACUGAGGGGUACAAUGAGGUAGGGCCUGGAUACGGCCCUGGGGAAGGGGCCCCGGAGCAGGAGAAAUCCAGGGGUGGCUACAGCAGCGGCUUCCGAGACAGUGUCCCUAUCCAGGGUAUCACGCUGGAGGAAGUGAGUGAGAUCAUUGUCCGAGACCUGAGUGGCUUUCCUGCACCUCCUGGAGAAGAGCCUCCUGCCUGAACUGCUGCUGGCAACCCUAGCCACGGCCUCAACCCUGCCUUCGUGGGCUCCUUCUUGGGGUGCAAGCUCCAGAAGCUUGGGCCCGUCUCCCAUUUCUCUUUGCUCAGCUUCUGCCCGUCUCUCUGACUCCCCUCCCCCAGCUAAGGUGUGGCCCCUGGGCCUGGUGCUGCUUUGAAGGGCCAGGGAAGGGAGAGUGUGGAAGAGAGGAGGUGGGGGUGGAGACUGAGGCUGAGCGCCAGAACUGACCAGGGCGAAGACAAUGUCCAGACUGUGUGCGGGCUAUGGUGCCGGGAGGCCGGGGACAAGUUGAUGGGUAAUAAACUGGUCACUCAUUAGUACUUCAGGCUCCAGAGCUCUUUGGAGAGAGGGGUGGUACAGCUUACUCAUGCCCUGGACCAAGGAGGCUGGAAGUUGGAAGGAGGUAAAGUAUGGCUGGGAAAAUCGCAGCCCAAGGAGCUUCUUAGUGGAGGGGGGUGGGGGAGCAUGGGUCCAGAGGGUUCCUGACUCAGGCUAGGACUUGAGUAGUCUUCUCCACUCUUUUCUUUCUUGGGGUUCAGGUUCCUUUAGGAGUUUUGGGAUGGGGCUUAGGAAUCUGUUUUUUCAAGUUUCUUUGUCUUACAGUGAAUCUGAUUCAUAACUAAGGUGCAGAAACACUAGUCUAGUUACUCUCUGAUUUAUGGAGGAAGAAUCUGGGUUCAGAGAGGGACAAGGGCUUGCUCAAGGUCACAUAGCUAAUCAGCAGCCGAUGAAUGGUGCACUCCUGGCUUUCUGCCUCCAGCUGUGUAUUCACACUUGCACAGCCUGACCCAGGAGGCUCAGGGCUGGAGGCUCAUUCCUGAAUAAGGGAGAGGAUGACGAAGAGCUGGCAAGGAUCUACGCACACUGUGGAGUCUCCUACUUCUGGAGACCUUGAAGACAUCCCGGAACGAUGUGUGCUUCAGAGGUGACUGAGGGAAGCCAGACAGUCUCCUCUGCAGCAGCUCUGAGACUCAGCAUUGUAUGGGUUCCUGACUUGUCCUGUAGAUGUACCCCUGCUGGUGUCUAGGUAGCUGGUGCCUCAUUAUUGACUGGCCCAGGCUGGAAAGCUGCUCUGUCCUCUGUCUUGAUGGCUGGUGAGCUGGGAAAAGUCAGCUGUAUUUGCCCACUCAUGAGGAGCCUGGCCCAGGCAGCAGGCACUGAGCAUGGCCAGCUUCACUGCCCAGUUCCCCUGCAGGGGAUGUAACCAGAAGACUUUCAGAGUCAGUACUGGGGACACUCGCCUCACUUCAAAGUAGACAGAGAUUCUCUAUGCCCAGUGAAUCCAGACAGUCCUGGCAAUUUCCAGGAGGACUCAGGUGAGUGUGAUGGAAGUUGGCUGUGGACUGGUGGACAAGAGAAUCAGGGUGAUCGUGUCCUGCUGCUGUCUUAUAAUGAAGUUCCUUUAUUUCUCUGACAAACUGUUGCAAACCAAAGUGACAUCAAGUGAUCAGCUCAGCAGGCCUUGGUGGCUUUUCAAAGGUCCCCUCCAGCCAGAGUCAUUACCCUAUAAUCUUCAUGUCAGAGGGGGGUCACAGGACACGUGUGUCACAUCUAGCAUUCUUCAUCUCCAUCCUCAAGAUUUCUGACAGCGUGUGUCAGUUUCUGUGAGAAUGAAAAGUUGUCACAAUGGGGAACCAUUUAGUUUUCUGCUAGGGCAUUGCCAUUCACAUGAUGUCAAACAUUUAUUGAGCAGCCCUCUCCUAGCCCCCUGGGGCAACAGUAAGUAGGCUCAUUAGAGUUCAACAAUUCAACUCAGUAAAUGUUUCCUGUACAGAGAAUACUAUCAAACCCUGGGUUAGGGAGUAUAAUGCUUUUUAUACAGGUUGUAGAGGGAACAGAGCACAGAGGCUGUUCAUUCAGUUGGGGAGGUUUAAAAGACUUCUAAAUUGUGAUAUGAAGAAUGACUAAGAGUUGAUUAGGCUAAGACUAGGGAAAAGAUAGGCCAGGCAGUAUGACCAGAACAGGCGAAGCCCUGGAGGACGAGGCAGGUGGGGAAGGAUGACAGAUCUCAAGGGCUUGGCAUGCGUGGAGAAUGAAGAAAGGCUUAGCUUGGGGUGGGGAGGAGGAUACAUUCUGGGAGUGGGGGUUAUAAGGAAUGCCUGAAGGAGGAAGUAGGGCUGGAUUCUGAAGGGUCUUCAGCCUGCUGGGGAAUGUAGUUAUCAUGGGUGUUGUGAACUUUCCUAUUAGGCCCUGAGGUUUUAAACUGGGAACGAUACAGUGGAUCCGCCAUGAAAAUUUUUCCCCAUACUGUGCCCACAUCUACUUCCUUGUGUCUGCUCUUCCAGGGGCUUGAUUUGCCCGAUGGAGAGAUGGAGAGAUGGAGAUGUGGGCUGGCCUCCAAGGCCUUUGCAAGUUGUUGUUCUGGUACUCUAGAACCACUGUCUCUUCCCAGGAACCACACAGACAUGCAGUUCCCUGAUGCUAUAGUUGAAGAGAGGAGGCUGGGUCUCCCCCUGGAACUAGAGAAGACUUCUUGGCCAGAGUUACUAAAAAGUGCGGAUCUGAGGAUUAUUUGCAUUUGAAUUACUGGGGAGGUUUGGGAGCUUUUGUUUUUCACUUUUAAUUCAGACUCCUAGGUGACUUUGAUCUACUCAGUUUCAUUCUGGAUGAGCAGAGCCCAGGUAUCUUCAUUUUAAAGCACUGUAGGUGAUUGGUCUGCAUAGGAAAGUUUAGAAACUAGAGUCAUCUGCCAGCUAAGUGUCAGGCUCUGAAAUACCUUUUCUGCCCCUUUCUCCAAAACUUAUCUGGGCUUUCACCUGGAAAAGUAGAACUGGGGGAGGAAGGGUGCACACAUUCCUCACCUGGCUCUGUCUUGCUAUUUAGGUCAUCUAAGGAUGUUCUCAGACAUAUCCUGGAGCCUGAGUACUCACUUAGCCCACAGCUGCUUGUGGAACUUAUUGAGUCUUCUCUGGGUACGACUCUGGGCUUCCAAGAUGGCGCUUGAUUAUCAACUUUGUGUGUGAUCUCCGAUAUGUCACCAGACCCAAUGGGCUGCUAGAUAGAUUCCUCAUCUGUCAAUGUUUAUUGAGCUCUUGCUAUGUUAUGACCUCCGUGAGAGGUACUGGAGACAAAGUAGUGGAUGAGAAAAACAUCAUUCCUUUCCUGUUGGAGCUUGAAGUUUAACAGACACUUUCAGAAUGUCAGGGAAGUACUGGGAACGUUGAGAUCUCAGAGAAGGGGCACUUAACAAGCUAUCUCCUGUUGCUUGUGUAUAGUAAUGGUAGAUGAUUGUGUUGUGUGAUAACUUGUUGGAUAUAUCCCUUAUAGUGAGGAACACGAUGUGCUCUGAGAAAACCAGAUAUUCCUAAUGUCAGUAUCCUGACAUAAAGAGCUUCCAGGGCCAGGAAUGUAGGUUUGUUACUCAAUCCUUGGGUAGAGAUGAAAGGAAUGUCUCUCUAUGUUCUCUCGCAGGCCUGCAUCUGAGAAAUCUGGAUAGGCCUGAGUGCAUCCAAGCAGCCUAUACCACUGUAAGGCAGGAAGCAAGGGACCAAGGUUGGGCAAGGUGACAGUUUGUGGCUGGGAGGAAAUUCACUUUUGUGUUCUACAGGGUUAUUACUUCUAGUCCUUUCUGAGUGUCUUCACUUGCUAGGCUUGCUCUAUCAAAGCACCACACACUGGGUGGAUUAAACAAACAGACAUUUAUUGUCUUAGUUCAGGACACCCGAAGUAUGAAACCAAGCUGUUGGCAGGGUAGGUUUCUUCUGGAGGUUCUGAGAGAGAAUUUGUUCCAUGCCUGUCUCCUAGCUUCUGAUGCUUGUUGGCAAUUCUUUGUGUUCCUUGGCUUGCAAAAGCAUCAAUCACAUCUUGCCUCUGAUGUCACAUGGCACUCUUCCCUGUCUCUCUUCCAAGUUUCUGUGUCCACAUCUCCUUCUCUUCACUCAUUGGAUUUAGGGCUCUAAUGUAGUAUGACCUCAUCUUAACAUGAAUGCAUCUCUAAGGACCCUGUUCCCAAAGAGGUCAUAUGCGCAGGUAUUGUGCAUUAGGGCUUGAACACGACUCUUUUGGGACUCAGAACAAGCCAUUGCAGUGAAUGUCUUGCAAAGUGUUAUCAAUCAUUCUAAUAUCAGUUAAGUAAAGAUGCCAUGUUUGGGUUCAAGUCAUGUGAAAGGGAGAGUAUUGUCCUCUGACCCCAGCUUGGUACAAAUCUUGUGAGAGUUUCAAAGGAAAAGUGGCUUCGGAGGAAGGAAGACUAAGAAUUUUAAGACUGAUUCCUUAAGAGAUCCUCCCUCUCCUGCUGUCUUUGGACAAUCUUGGUGUUAUUUUCUUUGAGAUGCUGGUUGAUUAUAGGUUUACUUUUCCAAACUACAUUUCCAUACUGGAGUUAACAAGAUGAAAGAGGAGUGAGCCAUUAAAGAGGAUGGGGAUUCUCAGAGACCAUUUAUAUAUUAGAGGGAAGAAUCUCCAGUAAAUAAAUCCCUGUUUAAUUACUGUUAAAUUACUGUCUAAUACAGUGUUUCCCAAAUUUACUUAAUUGUGUGGUUCUUUUUUUGUAAGACAAUAUUUAUUAAUUAUAUACUGUUGUGUGACAUAUU